AUGGUACUAGUAGACAGCAGGUACCUACUUAUUUACAAACUUUGUUUUAGAUAUAUCGGUGUAAACUGCAGAAGAGAAUCUCUCAAACGUUUUGUAGUAGAAGAAGGCUCUAAACCUGCAAUCUUCGGUUCGUACAGUUACGAUCCAGUGAAGCAAGUAUUCGUACCACCGCAACAAGAAGGAGGCGAGGGCAGCACUCCCACAGACAUUAGUCCCUUUCCGCCUCAAUUCGUUAACGACUCAUACAUCUCAACGGCUAUCGGAGACUUAGAUCAGGAACCGUCCCACCCUGGCGGCCCUCAACAUGUGACUCCCCACGGCGCAGGACACGACGCUCAUCCUAGCCCAGGUCACGACGCUCAUCCUGGCCCAGGCCACGACGCUCAUCCUGGCCCAGGCCACGAAUCUCAUCCCGGAGAUCCAACUUCACCCAUCUUUAGAAAUACACCAAUGGCUCACCAUUGGAGGUCAGCUCCGGAAAAUAAAACUUCGAAAUCACACAGGUCAAACGAUAGAGAUAAUUUAAUAAUAGAACCCAUCUAA